CCCCCGCACGUCCCCCUCCAGCGCCGCUCCGUGCCCAGGCGUGGGGCCGCCCCACGGCGGGGCCCCGUCCCCCGCGGCGACCCUUAGCCCUGCAGUGUUUACCCGGGAUCCGGGGGCCAGUGUGGGGGGCGGGAGGCGCCUGGGGGGAUAAAAGGGCCCGCGGCCCCCCGGGGCAGCACCCGAGGGACCCCCACAGCCCUCGGAGCCCUGUCCAGCCCCAUACCGAGGCCCGUCACCCCACCACCACACCCCCCACUCCCACCCCACCCCGCGGCCGCCGCAGCCCCGGAGGAGCCGCCAUGAAGGUGCUGGUGGUGGCGGCGCUGGCGCUGCUGAGCGCCUGCCGCCUGGAGGCCGCCGCGGUGAAGCCUCAGGCCGGAGCCACCGGCGGCAGCGCGGAGCCGCGGGCGGAGGCCGCCCUGGAGACGCUGGGGCAGCACCUCCAGACCUUCUCCGACUACAUCACCAAGGAGCUGCCCGACCGGCUCCAGGCCGAGGAGAUGAAGCAGCAGGCCAAGGCCUUUCUGGAGCGCGCCGGCCAGCAAUUCGCCCCGCUGGCCACGGAGCUGCAAACCGGCGUCCUCAACCUCUUCUCACAGCUGCUGGAAGCUGGCAAGCGGGCGGCGCAGAAGCCCUGAGCUGAGCGGCGUCCGCCCGGCCUCAAUAAACCACCUUUCCCCCCAA